AUGAUGCAGGUGAUGGUGGAGACGAGUGAGGGCAGCUUGGAGAUCAAGGCACUCCCACCGCCCCAGCUUCCGAUCCCAGUCGCUGGGGGUCACGACCAUGGAGUGGCCGAAGAGGGGCGGGAGGAGGUCCUGCCACCCGGGGAGGGUGUGGAAGCAGCCUCUGCCUCUGCAGCAGCAGACAACAGCCUGAAAAAUGGCUUUCAGCGUGAAACUGGUGGGGAGAAGGCCCUAGAAAUCUGUGGCGCAGAGCGGUCGUCUGAGCUGAUGAUGACUGGGGCGAAGGCCACGGAAGCGAACACUGAAAGGGGCACCAUCUUCUCAGAAGCAGUGGAUGAGGAGGAGAGGGUUGAAGUGGAGGAGAAGCCAGUGGGUGAGGAAAUGGAAGUGGUGGAGGAGCACAGAGGGGUAAACGAGGUGAAGGACGAGGCAAGGCCGGCGCAGAGUGAGGGUCUCCGCCUGAAUCCCCUGGAGGCCAUCCAGCUGGAACUGCACACUCGGGCUGACCGGGCCUUCCUCCAGUUCGGGCGCAAUUUGGGGCGCAUGCGUCAACACUACCUACAGUGGAGGAACAUCCCGGGCUUCUGAGUCACUACCUUUCGGAACCACCCACAGCUAUCUGCCCUGAUUAGAGGCAGAGAUGCAGAGAUGUUCAGGUACGUAGCGAAUUAGGAGGUGAAGGAACUCAGACAUCCUAGGAUGGGGUGCAAGUUCAAGUUCUUCUUUCAAAGAAACCCAUAAUUCUUUCGAAGAAACAACUGGAUUGUGAAGGAAUACAACGAGGUCAGAUCCUCAGGGCACGUGGUGUUUCUUUCCACUCCGAUCAUAUGGCACCCGGGCCAUGAACCCCAGGCCUUCCUUCCUAGGAACCAAGACCUCAUGUGCAGCUUCUUUGCCUGGUUUUCAGACCACAGCCUUCCAGAGUCUGACAGGAUUGCUGAGAUUAUCAAAGAGGACCUCUGGCCAAAUCCACUGCAAUACUACCUAUGGGAUGAAGGAGCCCAUAGGGCUAGACUUCUCCAGACAAGGGAGCCAGUGGAGAUACCCAGGCCCUUUGGGUUCCAAUCUGGUUAA